CCUUACCCUUUGAAACUAUUUACCUAUAAUGAUUACAAGCCACUGUUCAUAAAGCCCCACAUUGGGCGCCAAUUACACGAUACAUCACGCUUUACAAAGAUUACAACCGCGCCUGAAUGGCACAAAAUGCGAACAUAGACUUCGUUCGGGGUUGCACACCAGCAGCUGGAAUGAAGGACAGCAGCAACAGCAGCAACAUCUCGUCGAGCAACACAGCAGGGAUGCCAUGCUCCACGGGAGGAGCAGUAACGUCGUCAGGGGUAACCACCAGCAAUGCCACGCCCAGUGCGCCUAGUACGCCCACAUCAGCAGCAGCAGCAGCAGCGGCGGCAGCAGCAUCUGCUGCAGACCCAACCGCAACGAAUCCGCAAAAUCCGCAGCAACGCAGCAAGAGCAACAUCCAUGAGCUAAGAAAUCAGGACUACGUCAGUCGUCUAAUGGCAGCCACACCACCUUAUUUGUAUUCCGCACCCGUGGGACCGAAUAAUUUCUUUUUCAGCGAUAUGCUGCGUUCCUUGGUGCAAGCGCGAAAUAAUGAGACGGCGCGUGUCUUGCAGCUGCAGCAACAACAGCAACAGCAGCAGCAGCAGGCACAGCAGCAACAGCAGCAGCAACAUCAGGCCGCCUUGGUGAGGCGGCCAAGAAAACGCUCCUGGUCGCACCGGCCAUACUACGAGCAAUUGCGGGAGCGACGCGAUGCAGAGGAGAAGCAGCAGCAACACCAGCAGCAGCAGCAACAUCAACAGCAUCAGCAGCAGCAACAUCAGCAACUUCAGCAACAACUGGUGCCGGAGAAACCUCUGGAGCUAACCAAUAAGGCAAUGACACCCUAUGGCUAUGCCAAAAUGGAAACCAAACCAGGUGCUUUGGGUAUAACACCACCAACGCCGCAGACGGCACCACCAACGGCUGGCAAUAAGACUGGUGGUCUGGGCGGUGCCGUGGACACUAACCUGCAGGACAAUACACCGCCGGCGGCAUCGUUGCCACCACAGGACUUGGUCCUGCCGCCACCACCACCGGUUUGGUAUCCACCACUCUAUGCACCCUACGGCAUCGAUCCGUUGCACUUCUUCAUCGAUCUCCGAGUUUCCGGACACAUAUACGAUAGAAAGAAGGAGAAUGUCUCACCGCUUUCGAGUAGCAACAAUGCACUUGCCGAAGAGGGUUCACCCGGCUCGUGUUCCAGCUCGGGCGCCACAUCCGCUUCCGGUUUGGCCAGUAAUUUGCUGAGCAAACAGCGUCAUGGCUCCGCCUUCACCGUACCCAUACCCAAGGCGGCCCAAAACGAUGCGAUCAAUCUGUGCGCCAACGCGGCUGGAUCAACCGCCGGCGGUGGUGGCGCAGUGACCACCAGCACAUUGGGCAACAAAUUCGAGCACUAUGCCAAAUACUAUGAUCUGGGCGAGACCAAGGAAAAUCAGCCGUCCAGUACGGCUGCUAAUCUUUCGGCAGCCGCUGCUGCCGCCGCUGCAGCUGCGAACCUAUCGAAAUCGGGCGCCAGCUAUAUGUUGCAACAUCUGCCACGCCUAUACAGUCAGUUUGCCGCCCAUCAGGCGCAGGUGCAGAGCCAGGAUACCGAUGCCAAGUCGGAAUCGGCAUCGGUUAGUGCCUCACUUUCGGCACCCGAUCUUUGCGAUGAAGAUUCACUGGGACGAAAUUCCAGUGACACGGGCGCCGGUUUGGAGGGAACCAGCGGCAAUCAGGCCAAUUGUGACAUCGAUGUGGAGAUCAUCGACUCCAUCAAGUAUCGCACGGAUGGCGAGAGCAGUCGAUGUUCCAGCAACGACGAGGCUUCCAUCACGCAAAUCGAUUGAGGCUACUUAUUUAAAUAAUACGAAUAAAGUUAAUGUGUCCAUGA